AUGCUGUGCCAUACAGUUUUGCCUACAAACGCGUGCAGCUUCCUUGUAGCUGUGAAUGCUCUGUUCCUCUCCUCUUCACCCUUGAUGAUUCGCGAACACACAGGAUCGAGCUGCGUGAGGCAGAGCAUUCCCCACGUGGUAAGCAAAGGAAGAUGUGGGUCUGAUGGUUCAACCCUGGGUGGAUGGCCAUGUGUGAUGGAAUGUUCGAGCUUGAGGUGGAACAGCCACCCUUCUAUGGGCAGCCUUUCCGCCAUGGUGGCAUCAAACUUUUGGGUUUCCUGGAAGGAUUUUACUGGUAUAACAGACUUUACAAAGGCAAAUGUCCUUCUGGAGGAAGUGGAUAUGAAAGACACCUACUGGAUAAGAGGCUGUGCAAACUAG